AUGUCACUCUUUAAAAUAGUCGCUACUCUCUUCCUUCUCUACCCUCAAAUCGUGUCCAGCAAAUCGGCGGUUGCACUAUACACUCCUUCCCAUAGCCCCUGUCCUGACGGUUUCUCCCUGUAUCGACCGGUGGGAAUCUCUAAUCAGACCCUGAGCGAAGGGGAGUCUGCGUACGUCUCUUCUCGCAAGAAUCAUGUCCUCCCUGAAGCUUGGAAGUCGUACCUUUCAAAUGUUGAAGGUACCAACGUGUCCUUGCCUGGAUAUGUCUCGUCAAUCCUCAGCGGCGCCAACGGCACCGAGGUAUAUCCUACGCUCGGGAUAGCGACCAGCGGUGGCGGAUGGCGAGCAGCCAUAUUCGGCGGCGGCGUGCUAAACGCCCUGGACGGAAGAAAUGUGUCUUCGUCCAGAAACGGAGCCGGCGGACUAUUACAGGCCGCCACGUACCUCACCGGUCUGUCUGGAGGAGCGUGGUUAGUGACGUCCAUGAUGCAAGCCAACUUUCCCGUGAUUCAUGACCUCGUCUUCGGCACGUCCGGGGGAGGACAGAGCUCCAGGUUUGGCGGAUGGCUUCCCCAGUACAGUCUGGCUACGCCGAGCGAUGAUUUAGUCACCGAUGUUGCCUACCUUGCGGGUUUGGUUGCGGAUAUCCAGGGAAAGCAUCUUGCGGGCUUUCCGAUUACAAUCGCGGAUAUCUGGGCGGGAAACCUGGCUAGACACUUCUUAAAUGGGACGAAUGGAGCCAAUUUCUACGAUUUUACCAAAGCCCAUGGAGCCGGGUUGACUUUAUCCGGUGUUGCAAAGACCGCAACAUUCGCUUCUUUCAACGAACCGUUCCCCAUCGUCAUCGCCGACUCGAAAUCAAAUGGCGGCAAUAAGUCCAACAUACUUGUAGGCGGCCAAAUUCCUCUCACCAACCCUAUUUACGAGUUCAACGUCUAUGAAAUGGGUUCAUAUGACCCGACUUUAGCAGCUUUCGCCCAAACCAAGUAUAUGGGUACUACAAAUGGCAGUACUUGCGUUACGGGCUUCGACCAGCUUUCAUUCGUUCAAGCCACGUCGUCCGACGUAUUCACCAGCUACAAUACGACAAACCUGACUGCAAUACUGCAACUCUUGGAUCCGAUCAUCGACCUAACGCUCCUGGAGCCCAAUAUCGAACUGGAUGCAGCAGUGUAUCCCAACCCAUUCUACGGUGUCAACAAAGGGACGUACAUCGACUCUGAUGAGACUUACCUCAAUCUCGUGGAUGGCGGCUUCAACACCGAGAGCAUCCCUCUGCAGCCGCUACUUGUGCAGGCUAGAGGAGUGGAAGUCAUUCUAGCUAUAGACGCGACCGCCGACGUCGAUGGCUAUGCCGCAGGCAGCUCGCUCAUUGCCUCUCAAACCCGCACUACCUUCUUUCCGUCUGCAUACUCCUUUCCCCCGGUACCCAGCUCAGUGGAUGAUUUUAUAGAGAAAAACCUAACUUCUCGCCCAACGUUCUUCGGCUGCAACUCGUCCAGCCCUACGCCGCUCAUUAUCUACGUCCCCAACGGCGCACCUCUACCAGGGCAGCCUCCUCUUACUAAUACAUCGUCGGAUCAGCUUGAGUAUAGUUUAAUGGAGGUUCAGGGUAUGUUGGACCAAACAUUCGAUAUGGCGACCCUCCGCGGGGUCGAUGAUGACUGGCCAGCCUGUCUCGCGUGCGCCGUUGUUGACAGAGCCAGAGUAAUGUUGGGCGCAAUCAGAAGUGGAGUGUGUGAGACGUGCAUGAAGGAGUACUGCUGGAGUUAA